AUGUCCGAUAACCAUGCCGAUUCACCUGCAACGAAUUCACUAACGCCUAUGGAUCUUGACGUCAAUGCAGCCACAACGCCUGAACAACAGCAAGUACAAGUGAAUCCAACAGGUGGCUCCACCGAAUUCCAAAAUCCUCAAGUCGCCAUGGCAGCUGCUGCCAUGCGUCAAACAGAUGCAACUUCCAUGCCACCUCCACCACCGAGAGAUCCCAACAACGCUUCGUCAUCAGCUGGUGCUGCUCCACCUCCCGGCAUGCUUCCACACGGUCACUUUUUGCCACCCAUGCCAUUGCAUCCUCAGGUCACUCCACAAACGAUGGCUGCUGGUGGGGCUAAUGCUAGUGGUGUUCCUGGUGGUAUUCCCAAUGCUGCUGCUGCUGCUACUGCUGCUGCCAACAAUGAGCCUGUCGUUGAUCCUGAACUUGCAAAGAAAGAAAAGACACUCGCCGAAUUCCUCGCCAUGAUGGAUAGCUAUACACCUAUUAUACCAGAUGCUGUAACAGACUACUACUUGAGCAGGACAGGAUUUGAUUGUGAUGAUGUUCGAAUAAAACGAUUGCUGGCAUUAGCAGCACAAAAGUUCGUGGCAGAUAUUGCAACAGAUGCCUUCCAAUAUUGCAAAGUACGACAAUCGGGCAAUCGAAAAACGGGCAAGGAUCGCAAGGCAGUGCUUACAAUGGACGAUCUUUCAGCUGCUUUGGGUGAAUACGGAGUGAAUGUCAAAAAGCCAGAUUACUAUUCUUAA